GGGGUUUGUGUUCUAUUUCCCACUAUGAAACUGUCACGAACAGCAAGUAAAUAGAACGUGCUCCCUCUUCUCUCGUCUUUUCGUUCUCCUUUGCUUUCCUCUCUUCCACCUUCCAUUUUUCACGAACUACCUUAUUGCCCUCACUCUCUUCCUCCCCCACCUCCUGUUUACCAUGCGUGUCUCAAUUUUCGCUCUGACCGCACUGCUGGGCAGUGCCGUCGCUCUGGACAAAAUUGUGAUCAAGGACAACAAGUUCUUCAACUCUGUGACCGGCGACGAGUUUUUCUUCAAGGGUCUGGCUUACCAGCCCGAGAACGGCGAGCCGGAUCCCAACAACCGCGACCCGCUGGCCGACACGGUCGGAUGCAAGCGCGACAUUGAGUCCUUCAAGGACCUGGGCAUCAACGCCAUCCGCGUGUACCAAACCGACUACACCAAGAACCACGACGUGUGCAUGGCUGCCCUGGAGAAGGCCGGCAUCUACGUGGUUCUGGACGUGCCCGCCCCCAGCUACGCUAUCAACCGGGCGUACCCGGAGUGGACGACCGAUCUGUUCGCCAAGUUCCGCGCCAAGGUCGACAACUUUUCGGUCUACAAGAAUGUGGCCGCGUACGUCAUUGGCAACGAGGUCACUAAUGACGAUAAGACGACACCGGCGGCUGCCUUUGUGAAGGCUGCGGCACGCGAUAUCAAGGCGUACCUGAAGAAGCAGAACAUCACAACGCCGGUCGGCUAUGCGUCGAACGACGAGCCCUCGAUCCGUGACCAGCUGGCAGCCCACUUUGUGUGCAGUGAGAACAACUCCGAGAACGUCGACUUUUAUGGCAUGAACCUGUACAACUGGUGCGGCGACAUGACGUUUGAGACGUCCGGGUACGAAGAGUUUGUCAAGCAGUACGCCAGCUACCCGGUCCCCGUGCUGCUGACCGAGUACGGCUGCAACGCUCAGCGCCCGCGCAAGUUCCCUGAGGUUGGAUCCCUGUAUGGCAGCGACAUGGACACUGUGUUCUCGGGCGGCUUCAUGUACGAGUACUCAGAGGAGGCCAACAACUACGGCCUGGCAUCGGUCACGUACGGCAAGACUGGUGUCGAAAAGACUGAUGACUACGACAACUUCAAGAAGGCUCUGGCGGCGGUCUCCCCCAAGGGUGUCAAGAUGAGCGAAUACAAGCAGUCCUCGGCCAAGCGCCCCUCGUGCCCCAGCGUUACUGACACAUGGCAUGUCGCUCCCAAGAUCCUGCCACCGACGCCCUCGUCUGCCAGCUGCCAGUGCAUCUCUAGCUCGUUCUCGUGCGCGAUCAAGGGCAACGUCACGGAUUCGGAUGCUGGCAAGGCGGGCGAUCUGAUCGGCAACGUGUGCAAGGACGUGUCGUGCUCGGAGAUCCAGACGAACACCGCCAAGGGCGAGUACGGACACUACGCGUUCUGCGACGUCUCUGUGCGCGCAUCGUACGCCGUUAACGCAUACUAUGAAGACAAGAAGCAGUGCAAGGCUGACGGAUUUGAUACGCAGACUGCCAAGCCGUCGUCGAAGGCGGACUCGUGCGCGGACAAGACCACCGACAUCAACACACCCAGCAACAACAACGGACGGGUGCCGACGGUCGAUGACUCGGAGCUCGAGGACCUUGAGAGCGGCAGCUCAUCUGGUCACCGCAGCUCGUCGGGCAGCUCGCUGGGUACCAGCGCUGCGGGAUCUGUCUCCAUGCUGGCUCUGGCGUCAACGCAGGUUGCUGUGGUGUUUGCCGCCGCCAUGCUGAUUUAAAGAUAGGGCAGUGGGAUACUUUGUGUCUGGGAUCGGAUUUCCAGCGACCAUUACAAUGGCUUUGUUGAAAUCGAACAAUGUUUGAGAAAAU